ACAUAUGGAUAUGAGUACUUGAAUGAUGACGAUGAUGGUUAUUUAACAUGGCAUGUUGGUGAAGAUCCAACAUUGACUGUACAUGCGUAUGCCUUAGGACCUAAUGGAAACAUCGGGCGUAGGUUGAUGUCGAAAGAACCAAUGUCCUUGAUUAUGAAUUUUGGUAUUUCAAACAAUUGGGCGUAUAUCGACUGGAACGCAAUACAUUUUCCACUAACUAUGCGUAUUGAUUAUGUUAGAAUAUAUCAACCGGAAGAUGCCAUCAAUUUAACCUGUGAUCCUGAUGACUACCCAACCUAUGACUACAUUCAAGCUCACCCGAAGGCAUAUCAAAACAAUAACCUCACAACUUGGGAAGAAACUGAGUAUGGUUUUCCUAAAAAUAAGCUCAUUAAUCAAUGUUAG